UCGCGCAGGGGCCGGCCCUUGGAAAUAAAUUAUUUUCAGAAUGAAUCAAGAGAGCGUGCUUGCUUGUUGCGCCGUUUGUAACGAGCUAACACAUCGUAGAUGUGCUCGUUGUCUCAACAUUUAUUAUUGUAACACAGAUCAUCAACGGCAAGAUUGGAAAAGACACAAAAGUGAGUGCGGUCCGAAGUUACCAAAACAAGGAACGAAUAGUCAAAUAGUAGGUGAUUGUGCGAAAUACGGCGAAGAAAGUGGGAAAAUUGUACAGAAAGAGGCUGUUACUAACUCUGUCCAAGAAGAUUUUCAUGUGAGAGGCGCUUCGGAGGGUAGUUCUAGUGAAGUGAGACGUUCGAAAAACUCAAAGACAAAAAAUUCAAAAAAAGGGGGUAAGGAAGUUGUUUCUAGUGUAGAUAAACAAACAUUGCAAAUACCUGCCGAAAACGUGACGAAAAGUGAAAGUAUUGGGGCGACCUCAUCACAGGGGCAAGAUGACAGUAUUAGUGUUAUUUCUAGUGUAGUUUAUACUGACAAAGAAUUAAGUAAAGAAAGUGCCAUUACCUAUGAGGGAUCAUCAGAGCAGGAGAUAUUGAGUGAGUCGGCCCAGCAGUUGAGCACGGUGGACUUUGCUACACCUGGUUCCAGUAAUGUUUUGAGGGCAAUAAAUAGAACAGAUGUGAAGAUGCCUGUGCUACCGGGGUACGGAUCUGACAGUAAUACGAAGAUGAAAGAGUAUCCGGAGGCAUCACUUAAGGGCUCUGGAGCUCCGUUUGGACAUAUGCCAAAUACUUAUUACAUGGAUCCAAGUGAUCCGUGCUACGAAGUGUGUAAUAGACUAAUAAGAGACAUGACCCAGUAUGGUGUGUGUGUUUUGGACAAUUUCCUAGGAAAAGAAAAGGGCUUAUUAGUGCGAAAUGAAGUUUUGGAAAUGUACAGAUUAGGGAUAUUUACGGCAGGGCAAUUGGUGUCAAACCCCGGGAGCUCAGAAGCGCAGACUGUACGAAGUGACCUCAUCACCUGGAUCGAUGGCAAAGAACCACACUGCCAGUACAUCAAGCAGUUGAUCACACAGGUCGACAACAUUGUGCUGAGGGCGAACAAGAUGGCCAACAAUGGGAGGCUGGGCGACUACUUCAUCAACAGGAGGACCAAGGCGAUGGUGGCUUGCUACCCAGGGUCGGGGAGCCACUACGUGAAGCACGUGGACAACCCCAACAAAGAUGGCCGCUGCAUCACAGCCAUAUACUACCUGAAUCUCGACUGGGACGUCAAGAGCUGCGGGGGUCUUCUGAGGGUGUUCCCCGAAGGCACCAACCAGGUAGCAGACAUAGCGCCAAUCUUCGACCGCAUGCUGUUCUUCUGGUCCGACAGGCGGAAUCCCCACGAAGUUCAGCCGGCCUACAGAACGAGAUAUGCCAUUACCCUUUGGUACUUCGACCAUCAGGAAAGAGAAGAAGCUCUAAGAAAAUACAAAAAAGGUCAGCCAUCUUCGAGUCAGUGAUACAGGGUGUCACAAACUCGCUGCGCGUAACUGCAGCCUCUUUGUGAUGUGCGGACUAUGAGUGAACUUCACUAGUGAGUCUAUUGUUCAAUGAUUGACAACUCAACGAAAGCCUUUUAGAUAGUGCUGUUUUAAAAUUGUUAAAGCGAUAUUGUAUGUGCAGAUGUGAUUACUUUUUCUUAUAUGUACUAAAACAUUCACCCUGUAUACAGUAUUAAAAGUAAUUCCCAAAGCCAUUUUUCAUCUAUUUCCUAAUUCUUCAAUCUCUUCUAUUCAAAUCUUACUCAAAAUUAGAAACUAAUUAUAUCUGCACUGACAUAUUGUGUACUCGUAUAUCGCCUUUGAAAGGUUUAAAUGUAUUUUCCUACUAGUAAGUCAAUAUUACUGUUUCAUAGUCCUAUUUUGAACUAGUUUGUACAAAUCCUUUACGCAAUAGAUGUGGACAGAAACCAUUCAGAAUGGCAGGUUUAAUUUCCAAAAUCCUCGAAAAGUUACGAUCGCCUAGCGACACUUUUAACAUCAAGCAAAGUCUGUCGCUUAUUGCCGAACUUCUAACGGGUCAUCAUCAUCAAUGAUGAUUAGGUUGGCAAUCAACUAUCCCAAGGAUCAUGACCUCUAAGCGAGCGUCCUACACUUUUGCAGAGACGUGAUUUCCAUUCAAGGACCUGUUUACUUAGUCCACCUUUCA